AGAAUUACGCGUUUGACACGAAAGUUGCUGGCCGGUCCGCGAUCCGAUUUUCCAGAGUCUGGAGAAACCGGGCUGGCCAUUGGUGGGGGAUAUUUAGGGGAUAUAAGGUACUGUAACGAGACAAGGCGGCCCGUACAUACAGGAGUUCGAAUAGAUAGUGAAAGUCCCACAGAGCUAACAAGAGUGCAAGAGGGCAAGAGGGGGGUAGGAAUGGGGGACCCGAGUAAGGUACUGUUAUUGCUAGCUGCCAUACUGGCGGUAUCGGGCCAGCAAUACCAGCAACCAGGUGUCAACUACGUCGACGAAUAUUCAGCGUACGAGUCCCCCACGAGACCGGCCCAUCCGACUCCGCGGAGUUACGCCGCUGAUUCUGCGCCGAGUCGGCAAUCAGCUGGCCCUGCCACGCCGAAACCAACGCCGGUGGCCAUCCUCAAGCAGAUCAACAGGCACAACGAAGAUGGCUCGUACACGUACGGGUUCGAGGGCGCGGACGGCUCGUUCAAGAUCGAGACGAAGCUACCGACCGGCGAGGUGAAGGGUAAAUACGGGUUCGUGGACGACACUGGGAAGGUGCGUGUGGUCGAGUACGGCGCGAAUCAGUACGGCUUCCAGCCGGCUGGCGAGGGUAUCACGGUCGCGCCACCGACUCUCGUAGACGAGACGACGAACAAGGAGCCGCUGCCGGCGAACUAUCAAGAGGAUUACCCGCAACCGGCUGCCAGACCCGCGCCUGCGCCAGCCGCAGCUCGGCCAGCAUCCCUUCAACAGCUUCAGUACGAGCAGCCAGCCUACCAACAGCCCCAGACUCACACUCAGGCUGUCUACGCGCCCAGGCAGCAGCCAGCAAGCCUCCCCAAGCCCCCGAUUUUCACGCCGGCUGCCCCUCAAUCCACCCUCAGACAGACCUCCCUCAUCCAGCCCGAGGAGCCGGCACCCCCCUCUCAAUUGUACAACCAGGGCCCAGCCCAAUUUGGCCCCGCUCCCGUCCAGGAACACCGUUCCCAGCCGCAACCUCGCAGCCAGAACGGCGGCAUCCUCGAUCAACUAGCCAGGGAUUACGCUCUGCCUCAGGGUGUCGCGCCGCCAUUGCACGACAUCAGCUUCGAUUAUAGAACGGUGGUAACGAUCAUGGUUCUUGAGCUUUCUUUCGGUAAUAAGUGUAAAGCUGUCAUGGCUGCCUACCGAGUCCAGUACUUGCCAUUGGAAUCGAACGUGACGAGCACGUGGAAAUGCGGAAGAAACGGUCACACCCAG